AUAGUAUUAUCUUAGAUAAAUUAAAAAUUGAUUGACCCCGGGGUUCAUAAAUUAGUUCAUAAAUUAUAUAAUACUGAAAUCAUUCACAAAAGUGAAAACAGAAAAAAAAAAAGAAAAAUACCCUACAGUAUAAUAAAUUUGUUUGAACAAAACGACAUCCUAGAAACAAAAUUUCCCAUUAAUCAUUAAUAACACUAUAUCAACUACUUUUAAUUUCUAUAAUCAUUAUAAUAUGUCAUCAACUCAUUCAAAUAGAUCAACACCAAUAUCAAGAACAACUAGCACUACCACUACUACUAAAACAACAACCACAACAGCCUAUUCCUAUGAACAUCCUGAUAAAGAAUCAUUAGCUGCAACAAAAAUUCAAGCUGGUUAUCGUGGUUAUUGUACACGUAAAAAAUAUGGUAAUUUAUCAUUGAAUUCAUCAUUACCAUCAUCAAAUUAUCAUUUAACAUCUAAUAGACAAUCAUAUACGACACAUCAAUCACCAUUAAGAAACAAUAACAAUAAUAAUGAUCAUAAUUUAGAGAAUGCAGCUACACGGAUACAAGCUAGUUACCGUGGUUAUUUAACUAGGAAAGCAUUACGUGAUAAUGAUGAUAAUAUUACACAAAAACAAUAUACACCAAUCAAAAAUGUUCCCUAUUAUCCUAAUGAUAAAACCAAUAUUGAUCAUAAUAUUGAUCAUAAUAUUGAUGAUGAUGAUGGGAAAGUGAAAGCAGUAACUAAAAUUCAAGCUGGUUAUCGUGGUUAUAAAACAAGAAAAUCAUUAGCACCAUUAUUAAAUCAUCAUCAUCAUCAUAAUAAUAAUAAUAAUAAUCAACAUCAUUUAAUAUCAAAUAAAGAAAAUCAAAAUUAUUUAGACUAUAAAAGCAUCCAUCAAGAAAGGGAUAACAGUAAUAAUAAUACCCAUAAUCUGUAUGAUCCUGAAUUAGCUGCAACUAAAAUACAAGCAACAUUUCGUGGUUAUAGAACUAGACGACAUUUACCUAAAUAAUGAUAAUCAUAUAAAUACAUAUAUACAUGCAUACCUAAGUAUUCAUUCAAAUGAAUGCAUACUUUUCGUAUAUCUUUCUUUAUAAUUGAAUAUAGAUAAAUCAUCUCUCAUGUUACUUCUCUUAGACUGUCAACAUCAAUAACACAAAGAAUUGAAUUGAUGUCAUUGACAUCUUCAAAAAUUAAUACUGAUCAACAUUUGCAUGCUUAUUUUAAUUAUAUUUCUUCUUAUUUUAUACUUUUUUUUCUUAUUUCAAUUUCAUUUCAUCUAUUUAAAAGAAAACGAUGUAUUCAUUAUUAUCCAUGAUAAUAAGACAUUGUAUACAAUGAUAUUCGUUUGCCCAACUCAUCAAUCAAUCAAUCAUUUCAUUUAUCUAGUUGAAAUGUAACAAAAAACCUUUGACAAUGUAAUAGUUAGACAUUCAAUUUGUAAUGGAGUUCCCUUUUUUUUCGUUUUCUUUUUUUUUUUUUGUUUAAAUCAAUAUAAUGAUCUCAAUAUUUGAAAAAAAUAAAAAUCAUGAUGUGUAUAACAUCAUAAAAGUUUU